GCAACACACACGCGCGCGUGCGAGGUAUAAAUUUCCUCUGCCAGGCUUUGCAGCUUGGAGCCACCGUUGAUGUGUUUUGUUGGAGCGCAGUCAGACGACUCUACGACCAGCGGAUAACCCCCGGAAAUGCUGCUUCACUGGACUUCCCUGUGUCUCGUCGCUGGGCUGUCCCAAGUGGCACGUGGUGGCAAUGUUUUGGUGUGGCCAGCCGAUGCCAGCCAUUGGAUCAACAUCAAAUCCAUCAUGGAUGAGCUCGUCGAGAGAGGACACCAGGUUACCGUUAUCAUCCCCACGGGGGCGAUGUUCAUGGACACGCGGACGCUGGGACGCGUGAACCACGAACUCCUGAAGGUCAACUUCACCAAGGAGGAGCAGGAGGUGAACAUGGACAAAUUCUUCCAAUUCUGGAUUUUUGAGAGUACAAAACUCUCUUACUGGGAGGUCUACUGGAGACACAAUGCAGAGGUUCAGGAGAACAUGAAAGAUAACCGGGAAAUCUGCACAGCGAUGGUGCGAGACAAGAACCUGAUAUCGCGUCUCCGGGACUCCCAGUUCCAUGUGCUCUUGUCCGACCCAUUCGCCAUGUGCGGCGAUGUACUGGCGCUCAUGCUGGGCAUUCCCUACGUCUACUCGCUACGCUUCACUCCGGGCUACAUGGCCGAGCGCCUCUGUGGAGCAAUGCCCGCACCUCCGUCCUACGUGCCCGUGCCCAUGUUCUCUCUGACGGACGAAAUGAACUUUUGGCAGCGUGUGCAGAACUUUUUGCUGUACAGGAUUUUUGAAAUGAUCGCGAUGCACAUGGGGCAGGAGUCGAACAACAUCUACAGUGAGAUUCUUGGAGAAGGGACUACACUAUGUCAAGUGAUGAGCGGUGCCGAGUUAUGGCUCAUCCGGACCAACUGGGACCUCGAAUUUCCACGUCCGUUCCCUCCCAACUUUAUCUUUGUCGGGGGGCUCCACUGCAAGCCCGCAAAACCAUUACCUGAGGACUUUGAAGAGUUUGCCCAAAGCUCGGGUGAGCACGGCCUCAUUGUGUUCUCGCUGGGCUCCAUGAUCAAAUACAUGCCUAUUGAGAGGGCUGAAGUGAUCGCCUCUGCACUGGCUCAGCUCCCACAGAAGGUCGUGUGGAGAUACACGGGAGAGAAGCCGUCUUCCCUGGGCUCCAACACCAAACUGGUGCCCUGGCUACCACAGAACGACUUGCUGGGCCACCCAAAAACUCGCGCCUUCAUCACACACGGCGGGACUAACGGGGUCUACGAGGCCAUCUACCACGGCGUCCCGAUGCUCGGCUUCCCGCUUUUUGGCGACCAGAAGGACAACCUUUUGAGACUUCACAAGCAUGGGGGUGCCAUCGUGCUGGACAUCAACACGGUCACUGCCCCAGAGAUCCGAGACGCACUGGGCUUGGUCAUCCAUAACAGCAGCUACCAAGAGAGCAUUGAGCGCCUCUCCCGCCUCCACCACGACCAGCCCGAGCGACCGAUGGACCGCGCGGUUCACGCGCUGGAGUUCGUGAUGCGUCACGGCCACGCGCGCCACCUGCGGCCCGCGGCGCAUCGACUGGCCUGGUAUCAGCUGCACUGCCUGGACGUGGUGGCCUUCCUGAGCGCUGCUGCAGGGCUCGCCGUCGCACUGCCCGUCCUCCUCUGCCGCCUGUGCUGCCACCACAGGAGGGCGACCAAAGUGGCAGCCAAGAAGAGCAAGAAGGAGUGACCGGAGUGUGGACACGGUUUCGCAUCUUCGAAUCAAACAAUAGUUGAUGGUUUGAUGCUCACGUAACACAGUGAGAAUCACAACACCAUUGUUAUUUUCUCUAACCCAUGAGGUGAAUAUGCUCGUGAUUCUAAUGAACAAAAUUUAGCAGGAGAUAUAUGUUGUGAUCGUAUCUCUUUGUCACGUUGGAGUGUGUUACCAAACCCUCUUUGUUCGAACACAGACAGCCGGAACGACAGAGCUAAGAGUUAGCAGGGGACCAUGUUUACUUCCGUUUUUACAAUUACAUUGUAUGAAUCAAUCGCACAUGUUUCAGAAGAAUGCUUAUUAUUCUCACCCUUCACAUCUCAAACUCUUUAAACAUAAGGCUACGUAAAGCCCAGACCUGCAUGGUGAGCAAAAACCAGUCCACAAUAGAGCAUAUAAGACCAAACUGUUGAACUUUUUAUUUUUGUGAAUUAUGCGCAUGCAUAAAAUAGCUUCUGAUGUUCAUACAAGUCAGUUCAUCAGCCUUGGACCACGUUUAUUCACAGAACACGACGCCACGUAUGUUUCUUGAAUUAAUAUGUUUUUGUUAUAACACAGCGUUGAGCACUUGUGGUGUAUGUGUUCAUUGCCAAACACGUUUGAGCACUUCUACAGAUCUAUGAGAUUUGGCGCAGUGCAGGCUACUAUCUCAGUUGGAAGGCUGCGGUGGAAAAGUAGUUAGGAGGUGUUAACUCCCUCGCCUAGUAUACGGGAGGUCGUGGGGUUCGAUCCCGACCCUGACGCCUGUGUAUUUGGAGUUUGCAUGUCUCUCUGUGGUUGCGUGGAUUUUACUCAGGGUCCUCCGGUUUUUCCUUCCACGUUUAGAAUCAACAUCACACGCUUAGAAUAAUUUGGCUGCUAUACAUUUACACACGAUGAUAAGCCACUUUCGUUGAGCCAUCAUUUGUGAUAGCCAGGUUGCUUCUGAAAAAGAGCGCGAUAGCUCAGUGGGCCUUACCUAGCAAUAUAACACGAAAUAUUGCGUAAUAGUUUAGUAAAAAAAAAUGUUGAAAAAGUUACAUGGCCUUGGAAUGUUCAAAAAUGUGCACAUCAUAGGUACUUUUAUCUAUUUCAGCGCUCACAUCUGAUGCCUGGGUCAUUUUCUCCCCUAUUCUUACAUUUGUGUGUCGCGCUUCAUUCAUUACACUCACAAUUAACAUUUUUGUACAUAUCAGUUAUCCAAAUGGUUCACAGCAUUGUUAAGUCACUAAAUAAAUAGGCAGGCAAUAUGUCACCUUCACUUGUCUUGCCUACCAACCAAAAAAUAAAAACGAUUUUUGCA